GUUCUCACCUUUGACUCCUUAGGAGGUCGACAUCCUGCCGUCCAGACGGCGGUAAAGAACUACCUCCGAAACGAAGCGUGGGACAAGAAGCAGCUGCGCAUCGAUCCUCAGCCUGCGUACAUCGACGUCAAUGUGCCUGGACAGAGCAACUGGUGUGACUGUGGACUGUUUGUGUUACUCUACUUCGAUCGCUUCUUCUCGAACCCUUCACUGUUCGUCAACGAGAUCAUUCCCGAGCGCGACGACGAAGCCGAAGCCUGGCAAGCCGAAUCUGCCGGUCAAGCCCGUAGGAAUCUGCGCAAGCUCGUUGAUGGUCUCAGUGCCGAGUGGCUC